GUCGGCGAGCGUCAUCUCCCUGGUAGCGGAAAAUGGCGGAGGCUUUACCGGAACCCGGGCGGUAUUUCUGUCACAACUGUUCAGCCGAGAUUAGCCCCCGACUCCCGGAGUAUACGUGCCCUAGAUGUGAGUCAGGCUUUAUAGAAGAACUUCCUGAAACAAGGAACACAGAGAACAAUAGUGGAUCUUCUAGCACAGAGCAAAACAGACAUCCGUUUGAGGGCCUAGAAGGUCUGGACCCUACCCAGUUCACCUUACACCCAGGCUAUGGCCAAGUCACCUUUGGAAUUUUCAAUGAAGGCCUGGACUUCCCCAUUUUUGGCACCAGUGGUCCAAGUGAGGAGACUCGUGAAGGGGAGAGCAGAAGAGAGCAACAAUCUCGACAGAGAUAUGGUGCCAGGCAGCCACGGGCCAGACUGAGCACAAGACGGACUGCAGGAAGGCAUGAAGGUGUGCCCACGCUAGAAGGGAUCAUUCAGCAGCUGGUGAAUGGAAUAAUUGCCCCCACAGCUAUGCCAAAUUUGGGACUAGGACCAUGGGGUGUGCUUCAUUCCAAUCCAAUGGAUUAUGCUUGGGGAGCAAACGGCCUGGAUACAAUAAUCACCCAGUUACUUAACCAGUUUGAAAACACGGGUCCCCCUCCUGCUGACAAUGAGAAAAUCCAGGCUCUCCCCACUGUUCAGAUAACACAGGAGCAUGUGGGUUCUGGUCUAGAGUGUCCUGUUUGUAAAGAGGAUUACACAGUAGGUGAAAAUGUGCGUCAGCUUCCAUGCAAUCACUUAUUUCACAACGACUGCAUCAUCCCUUGGUUGGAACAGCAUGAUACAUGUCCUGUGUGUCGGAAAAGCCUGAGUGGCCAGAAUACAGCAACAAACCCUCCUGGACUGUCAGACAUGAAUUUCUCCUUAUCUUCAGCCUCUUCUUCUUCCUCCUCCUCCCCUAUUGAUGAAAAUAACUCUGCCAAUAACUCAUGAGCCUAAAGUUGUGGUGGGGAGCAGCUGCCGAGUUUAUACUGGUCAUUUACCUCUUACCUUCAGAGCAGACGUGAAGCCCUGCAUGUGGGUCCUCCUGUAGGACACGUUGCAGCCUCUGGUUGUCUCCUGCCCAAUGGGUAGCAGCUGGGAACCAAAUGUAUUUGUGACAUUCAUGCCACCCAAAAAAUAUGAGGACAUCAAUAUGAGAAGAGACUUUGUGGGUGUGAAGCUAUUAAUAUAUAUAUAUUUUGUUUUUUUUUAAGAAAAAAUGGGUGGCACAGUUUUAAAAAAAAAAAUGGAAGUGUGGUGACUCCUUUUUUUUAUUUUUAAUGCGUUGACAUUUUUAAUCUUUAAAUUAAACAUCUAUGGUUGAUUUGCUCGUGAUGCGAGCAGCUACUGCAUAUUGCUUGUCUUGUGAACCUUUUUUUUUUUUUUGGGUCACACGGGUUGGUGUGGUUCUGCAGUUGGAAUCUAUAACUGUCCCUAUACCACUGAAGUAACAACUACACUAGACUUAUGUUGCAUGGCCCAUAAGAAAAAUGUGAACCACUUGUCAUAUAACAUGUCCCUGUGCUAUAAAACCUUCUUUUUAUUAUUG